AUGUCCACCUCAGCGCUUCAUAUUGAGCCAGCUCUUCCUCUCACCGUCUCUGUCAACCAGACCCAAACAUUCACUUGGUUUCGCACCGACGACGACUCUCCACUCAACAUUGACCUCAAGGCAAUUCCGAUCACUGGUAGCCCGAAUCAAGAUUUCAAGCAUCACCACAACGAUGUCGGUUCCAGGACGACUGCAGCUGCUAAUUUUCGUUCCCGACCAGUGGAAUUUCUCGGCCCCCUCGCCGAGCGCGAACUUAUCCGAUCAAGGAACGGGUCUACCGCAUUGACAUUUUCCAACGCAACGUCAUUUUUGAUUGUAGCAGUGGGACGGCAGUCCCUUGGAGAGAAACCCUUCUUUACUGCGAGUGGGACGGUGUUAGCGACUAUCAGAGCAGCUGCUAACGCCAAUCCCACAUCGGCUACAUCUACUACCGGGGCGAGCUCGAACACCCUAAGUAUGGAGAAUCCGACGUCAACGUCCGCACCGAGUAUUCCUCUCACAACUUCCCCCUCGUCGUCUAUCUUUCCAUCUCAGCCAGAGAAUUCACAACCUCACAAGUCAAAUCCCGGUGCUAUUGUUGGUGGGGUAUUGGGCGUACUUGUCGCGCUUGUGGCCGCUACCCUUCUGUUUUUCAGUUUGAAACGACGGAGGAAAAAGCUGAAAUAUAACCUUGAUCCGACCUCUUAUUUGGACACGACGUCAUCUUCCGGUUCCGAUGCACCUUACAUGAAUAUUACGGAACAAAGAAUGCAGAUGAUUGCACAACGGGAACACUUGGAUCGUGAGUUAGAUGCCUAUGAGCAAUCAUCUCGAGAGUCGGACUCGAGAGGUAGGCCCGCUGUUCCCGAUGGUAUUAACGACGAAGAUGACGUCGUACAAGUGCUUCGUCGUCAGAUGGAAGUUCUAACACAGAGACUAGCGACUGUGGAGGCAGGGAUGGCACCACCCGAUUACAGCUCUGGUACAUAG